GCGUUUAUAGUUCCCCCAUCACCCUCAUGAUUCCCCGAGUGGAAGCCGCCUCGAAAAUGUCACUAAAAUGUCGAUUUUUCUCUGAAUUUGCCCGUCAACAGCUCUUUCGGAGUUCACCAGCGUGUGGAAUACACACCUCCGCGACGUAUUAUGCUGAGUCUAAAGCAGUGGCAGAAGAUGAGGAAUUCCGAACCCUGGAACUGGGAGGGAGAAAAACUCAACGUCGGGCUCAGAGGACGCAUCGGGACAUACCUACACUACCCCCAAGGUACAAACGUCAGGCAACGGAUCAAGACUGGGGGAAUGUGUGGCCAGCAGCCCGCUCCUUCCAUCCCGCCACUGUCCCCCUGGCUGUGCGUCAGGGCUACCCGGCAAAGAACCAGGCUCCUCCCGACAAGUGGGGCAAUGCGGAGCUCAUGAAGAUCCCCAACUUCCUCCACCUCACACCCCCUGUUAUUGAGAGGCAGUGUGAGGCUCUCAAGAAAUUCUGCACCCCCUGGCCAACUGGCCUCGAAAACACUGAGAAGCAAGAGAAGCACUUCCCUGUGACAAUGGCCACAAGCUCGUAUCUGCACUCAUCCCCCAGCAUACGCGACCCUAAGUCCAGAAUUGUAACCCUGAAGGUUCACCUCCGAAGUCUUGACCUGGACACCCACGCACGGGACAAGCUGCUGCGACUGGUGGGUGACCGUUAUGACCCUGCAACUGACUGCCUAACCCUGGUGGCUGACAGGUGCCCACUUUCCCAGCAGAACAGAGACUACAGUCAUUACCUUCUGACAGUCUUGUACAAUGAAGCUUUGAAAACAGAGCCAUGGGAACAUGAGAAGGAAGUGAUUGACAACGAGCGCUAUGUGUGGCAAGGCAGUCCCUCAGAGGCAGCACUGAAGGUCAUUUCAGCAGCCAAGGGAGAGCCAGUGCCAGAAACAGAUGUUGAGAAGUACAGAGAUGCCGUAGCAGAGUUGCACAAUGAGGGGGAGGAUGAAACAACAUUAGGCAAAUAUCGAGAAGCAGUGAUGAAGAUUGCUGGCCUAGCAUAAGGGCAUUUGAAUUCCCCAAAAAUUAGUAAUCAAAAACAGUUCAUUCAUAGAAGUUGGAAGUUGUUACUGAUCAAUGUAAAAUCUGUGUACAGUAAAAAGUGUAUAUUUUGUUAUUUGUAAAUAGAUAUGUCUU